AUGGAGGCCCCAGCUUCAAGCCCUUGGUCCCGAAUUUUGGGCCACUCCUCCAUGUUCUGCUUUUUCCGUAGCCUGGUGGGGAGCAAGGGCAGCCCAAAUAGCUCAGACAAGCCCCUGCUGGGGGGCCAGUCUUGUCCCUUUCGAGAGCAGAGCGCCACCACUUUGAUGACUGAUCGCCAGGGAGGAGCAGGGCGGGAGUCCAGGCCUCCUGCCACGCUGCCCUACACCCUCUCUGUGGCCCUGCCACAGCCCGAUCCCUCGGGGCUGGGGCUGGGGGACACAGGGGCCCAGACCCCCACCCCCGUGGAGGUCCUGAGGGUUCUGGCUCGGGGUGUAGAGGUGAAGCCAGUCCUGCCCAGAGGAAGCCAGGAGGUGCUGGGCAACCUGUCUGAGUUGGAGGAGAGGGAAGAGGAGGAGAUGGAGGCAGCAGGGGAUACAGGGACCUCAGACAGGGACGACUUUGCCCAAGCCUUGGCGGUGGAGCAAGGAUGCUUGCAGAGGGCCAUGGGGCCACUGGAUAUCAGCCCCGAGACCUUCAUCAGGGAGGAGAAGAAGGAGUGUCUGCCUGAUGGAGACCUCAGGCUGGCCUCCUCUCAGGUGGGGGCAACUCCCUGGAACUGUCUCCUCAGCUUGUACAAGCAGCUCCAGAAAUCGGCCACGGCCAAGUUCCCUCUCAAGGAAGGCCUGCCCUGUGAGGAGAAAGGCGGGGAAGAGGAAACAGAGGAGGAGGACAGCUCACUCAAGCUCUGUGUCCAAGGCAUUGUCACCCUCCAGUCGCCGCUGCAUAAGACUUUUAGGUCGACAGAUACAUUAGGUUUCAUGGAGUCGGAGUUAAAGAAGCUUCUGGUAGUGCAACGGGAGUCCCGCCUCUGGAAGAUGGGUGGCCACGAGGGCCGGAAGCUGCUGACCCAGCCAGAGAUCACCCUGGAGGAGGCAGGCAUAGUGGAUGGCCAGCACCUGCUCCUUGAGGAGAUGGAUGCGAUGGGAAACUGGCCUCCAGAGUGAAGCUGGUGCUGGCCUGAGUCUGCCCUGCCCCGGGUCCCUGCAGCCCGUGUAGAGAUGUAUCCGCCUCCUCUUAGGGCACCUCAAGGAGCCCCUGGGGCCAAGGGGUCUUUAAUAAAUGGUGUCCAUGUGUCUGCAGGGUGGGCCUGCCCGGCACA